CACAAGGGCACAAAAGAUUAGAAUACCUUUCGAUAUAGAGUAUCGUUAAUAACCACGAAGGAUAUCUUACUUCGCCGAAACAAAAUGGGCGCAGCCGUCUACCCCACAGUCCUUCUGUUUGACAUUGGUGGUGUUUGCGUUGUCUCUCCUUUCCAAGCGAUUCUUGAUUACGAGAAGAAGAAUGGCAUACCGGUCGGAUGGGUCAACCACAGCAUCGCACAUUCGCCUUCAGGUGCAUGGGGCAAAAUCGAGCGAGGCCAGAUGCUUCUCGACAAGAGCUUCUUUGCUGAAUUCAAACGGGAUCUGACCAAUGAGAAAUUAUGGCGCGAGUAUCAUGCCAAAUUGAAGGCUCGAUCGGGAAAACCAGGCGGGUCUGAAGAGGCUCCGCCGAUUCCCGACAUCAACUCGGAACAGUUGUUCUGGGAGAUGAUGCGCAUUGCACGAAACCCCGACCCGCACAUGUUCCCUGCAUUGAAGCGAUUGCGACGGGCGGCCGAUGCCAGCGAGGGCAAAUUGGUCCUGGGUGCUCUGAGUAACACUACCAUCUUCCCACCAGAACAUCCUUUCAACGAUCCGAGCACGGUAGAUGGACGAUUCAAUGCUGAACUUCGGAGUAUGUUCGACGUUCACGUCUCAUCAGCACAUGUCGGCAUGAGAAAGCCGGAGAAAGGGAUCUACGAGUAUGCAUUGGUACGCCUACAUGAGUUUGUGAAGCUCAAGGGAUACGGAAUGGGUGUCCGCCCUCAAGAUAUUACCUUUCUCGAUGAUAUCGGAACGAAUUUGCGGACGGCAAAGCAGCUUGGUUUCAACACGAUCAAAGUGCAACUUGGCAAGGCGAAUCUUGCGGUCGCGGAGCUCGAGAAAUUGACUGGUCUCACUUUGAGUUCAGAGAAGGCUCAGCUAUGAAAUAUAUGAGAUGUUAUGAUUUCUCGUAAACCCUUUUCAGUCAGUGGCAGGUGUCUACCACAGGC